CAGUGCUCGCAACAGGUCUCCCUCUGUUUUCCCACACAAAGACAACUUUGUGAGCCCGUAAAAAAAGAAGACCGAGGCUUCCCCAUAACAAUCAUUCGAAAUAGCCGCCUUUAUUUAUUUAAUAAGCGUUCGGAGAGGAAUGGCGUUUUGGAUUAGCACCCUAUGAUCUGUGGACAAAAUGUUUCGGACAGUGCUUCAACACGCAAAGAAACACCCUGGACUCAUCCCACAGUUCUUCUUCACGGGUUUGGGGAUUGCUGGUGCCACACUCUACCUGAUCCGCCUGGCCCGGGGGCCCCAUGUCAGCUGGGACAGAAAGAACAAUCCAGAACCCUGGAACAAGCUCAGCCCCACCUACCAGCACAAGUUGGUGGCCGUCAACAUUGACUACAACAACCUGAAGAAGGAGGGCCCCGACUUCUGAAGGUCUUCGAGGGCACCCGGCUUGGCUCGUCACCCUGUUGCCAUGGCACCCCAGCCCCCGCUUCCUGAAUGUCUGCAUGAUAUAUAUAGUUGCUUAUAUUAAGGAUGGGUAUAUAUUAAAGUUAAUGGAACACUACUUGAACCCUUCACCAUAAGACUAACAUAACACUGGCAUAGACAUAACAUAACCGCUGUAAAAGGAUUGCAUAAAUGGCAUAAAAUUUACGGAUUAAAGGCUAUGACAGUUUUAUGACAGUAACAUAUGUCAUAACAUUUAGGCUACUGAUAAAAGUAAGAGUUUUAUAUCAUUUGACAUAAUCUUCUAUGCCAUCUUGUGACGGCUGUUAUGUAAUGUGUAUGACAGUGUUAUGUCAGCCUUAUGACAAGGGCUCAAGUAAAGUGCUACCAAAGUUAAAGUAAACAGUUUGUCACUCUCGUCCUACUGCUAGAAGGGGUGGCAGUGGGGGUAAAAUAGUUGGUAGUAGCCUAACUGGGAAGUUUUCAACAGGGUGUUAGGUACUGCAGUCGGUCCCUGGUCAGACUUGAUGUGCAAAAAUUAUUUAUAGAUUUGAAAAACAUUUCGAAAUGUAAAGACUCCAAUAAGCUCCAUAAAGAAAAUAAAUUCUUGAUUUGACUCUGCACUCUACAAUUUUUGAUUUGUAAUCAAACAAUUUUCUUGUGUUUGUAUUUUAUUUAAGGGCAUUUUAGACACUUUUAUCUGGGGUGCUGCUUGAGCAAGAUACUCUAACCUGAUUAGUUCAGUAAAAAUGUCCAGCUGUAGCCUGUGACUGUACAUUAAAACUGAGUGGAUGUAAACCACACUGGAA